GUUCAGCCCUGUGGCUCGCAGGAAGCAUACAUUGGCGUUUUGAUCCGUGCUACUUCCCAGCUCCCCCGCUGGGGAGGACCGAACACCAGUCUUCCGGGGACCGGGGGACACCAAGGACAAAGGAGAGAGCUGGGUGGUCCCAGGCCUGGAGCCCCGCCGGCCGGACAUGGGAAUCUUCCCGACUCCCAGCGCCCUGCAGAUGCCGGGGAAGUGAUCCAGGGAGGACCAGGCAGCCCCCACGGGACAGAGAAAUGGAGGCAAACGACCAUUUUAACUUUACUGGCCUUCCCCCUGCACCUGCUGCCUCAGGACUGAAACCCUCUCCCUCCUCAGGGGAGGGCCUCUACACUAACGGGUCUCCCAUGAACUUCCCCCAGCAAGGGAAAAGUUUGAAUGGGGAUGUGAAUGUUAAUGGCUUAUCUACUGUAUCUCACACUACUACUUCAGGGAUUUUGAACUCUGCUCCCCACUCCUCCAGCACCUCACACCUUCAUCACCCCAACGUGGCCUACGACUGUCUCUGGAACUACUCACAGUAUCCACCUGCCAAUUCUGGCAGCAACCUCAAGGACCCACCCCUUCUCUCCCAGUUCUCGGGUGGACAAUAUCCACUCAACGGCAUCCUUGGGGGCAGUCGGCAACCUUCAUCCCCAAGUCACAACACUAACCUUCGGGCUGGGAGCCAAGAGUUCUGGGCGAACGGUACCCAGAGUCCCAUGGGGCUUAACUUCGACUCACAGGAACUAUAUGAUUCCUUUCCUGAUCAGAAUUUUGAGGUGAUGCCCAAUGGACCCCCUAGUUUUUUCACCUCCCCACAGACUUCUCCUAUGUUGGGAUCCAGCAUCCAAACCUUUGCAUCCUCCCAGGAGGUAGGCAGUGGAAUCCAUCCUGAUGAGGCGGCAGAAAAGGAGCUGACUUCGGUUGUGGCAGAGAAUGGCACUGGCUUGGUAGGCAGCCUAGAGCUGGAGGAACAACCAGAACUGAAGAUAUGUGGCUACAAUGGCUCUGUCCCUUCUGUGGAAUCAUUACACCAAGAGGUCUCAGUUUUGGUCCCUGAUCCCACAGUGAGCUGCUUAGAUGACCCUUCACAUCUUCCUGAUCAACUGGAAGACACUCCAAUCCUCAGUGAAGUCUCUCUGGAGCCCUUCAACACUCUUGCUCCAGAGCCUGUGAGUGGAGGACUCUAUGGUAUAGAUGACACAGAGCUGAUAGGCGCAGAGGACAAGCUGCCUCUUGAAGACAGUCCAGAGAUCUCUGCUCUUGAUUGCCCUUCCCUCAAUAAUGCCACUGCCUUCAGUCUCCUGGCAGAUGAUAGUCAGACGUCAGCCUCUAUCUUUGCCAGUCCCACCUCUCCACCUGUCCUUGGAGAGUCUGUCCUGCAAGAUAACAGCUUUGACCUAAAUAAUGGUAGUGAUACAGAACAGGAAAUGGAGACUCAGACUUCAGACUUCCCACCACCCCUGACCCAGCCAGCUUCUGACCAGUCAUCCACUAUUCGCCUCCAUCCAGCAACCUCACCAGCAGUCUCGCCAGCAGCCUCUCCACCAAUCUCCUUAGCAGUUUCUCCAGCAGCCUCCCAGGAAAUAUCUCCAGAAGUUUCCCCAGCAGCCUCCCCAGAAAUAUCCCCAGUCCUCUCCCCGGCAGCUUUCCCACCAGUCUCUCCAACUUCCUCAGCAGUGCUCCCACCAGUCUCCUCAGAGGUCUCCUUGACAGCCUCCCCGGAGCCCUCCCCCAAAGCAUCCCCUGCACAUUCCCCAGCAGCUGUCUUCUCAACAGUCUCUCCAGCAAGUAAGGAUGUCAGCAGCUAUCCUGAGACCACUGCUGAUCUGGAAGAGAUCACUGGAGGAGCCACUCCUUCUGCAAGUGGCGAUGGCCUGAGAAGACGCAUUGCUACCCCAGAAGAAGUUCGUCUUCCUCUACAACAUGGGUGGCGGAGAGAGGUGCGCAUCAAGAAAGGCAGCCACCGCUGGCAGGGGGAAACCUGGUAUUAUGGUCCCUGUGGGAAAAGGAUGAAACAGUUCCCGGAAGUGAUCAAGUACUUGAGCCGCAACGUGGUACACAAUGUCCGCCGUGAGCAUUUCAGUUUUAGUCCCCGUAUGCCUGUUGGAGACUUCUUUGAAGAGAGAGACACCCCAGAGGGCUUGCAGUGGGUACAGCUCUCAGCAGAGGAAAUCCCGUCCAGGAUUCAGGCAAUUACUGGAAAACGGGGCCGGCCUCGAAACACUGAGAAGGCCAAGACCAAGGAAGUCCCCAAGGUGAAACGGGGGCGAGGUCGGCCACCCAAGGUCAAAGUCACUGAUCUGUUGACUAAGACAGAUAGCCGCUUCCUAAAGAAACCGGAGGCCCAAGAAACACUGAAUGAGGAGGACAAAUCAAAGAUAAGUAAAAUCAAGAAGAAGAUAAAGCAGAAGGUACAACGGGGAGAAUGUCAGACUACUACUAUUCAAGGGCAGGCCAGAAACAAACGGAAACAAGAGAACAAGAACUUAAAGCAGAAAGAAGCUAAGAAGAAGUCCAAGGCUGAGAAGGAGAAGGUAAAAACAAAACAAGAAAAACUGAAGGAAAAAGUUAAGAAGGAGAAGAAAGAGAAGGUAAAAAUGAAGGAAAAGGAGGAGACACCCAAAGCCAAGGCUGUCUGUAAAGCAGAUAAAACCCUGGCCACCCAGAGGCGCUUGGAGGAGCGGCAGAGGCAGCAGAUGAUCCUGGAGGAGAUGAAGAAACCCACAGAGGACAUGUGUCUCACUGACCACCAGCCCCUGCCUGAGUUCUCACACAUCCCUGGUCUGAUCCUGCCCAGUGGGACCUUCUCAGACUGUUUGACCAUUAUAGAGUUCCUGCAUAGCUUCGGCAAGGUGCUGGGCUUUGACCCGGCCAAAGAUGUGCCCAGCCUAGGGGUCCUACAGGAGGGACUCCUGUGUCAAGGUGACAGCUUGGGAGAGGUGCAAGACCUGCUCGUGCGGCUUCUGAAGGCUGCGCUGUAUGACCCUGGCUUGCCCUCCUACUGUCAGUCCUUAAAGAUCCUGGGGGAGAAGAUCUCGGAGAUACCACUGACAAGAGACAACGUGUCUGAGAUCCUGCGCUGCUUCCUCAUGGCGUAUGGAGCGGAGCCGGCCCUCUGUGACAGCCUGCGCACUCAACCUUUCCAGGCCCAGCCACCACAACAGAAGGCCGCAGUGCUGGCCUUCCUUGUACAUGAGCUUAAUGGCUCCAGCCUCAUCAUCAAUGAGAUUGACAAGACUCUGGAGAGUAUGUCCAGCUACAGGAAAAACAAGUGGAUUGUUGAAGGCCGGCUCCGGAGACUAAAAACUGCUCUGGCGAAGAGAACUGGGCGGCCUGAGGUAGAGAUGCAAGGGCCAGAGGAAGGCCUGGGACGGAGGCGCAGCUCUCGGAUCAUGGAGGAGACCAGUGGCAUGGAAGAGGAGGAAGAAGAGGAGGCCACAGCUGCUCUCCAUAGCCGUAGGGGUCGAAGAGAUGGAGAGAUUGAUGCCACAACAUCUAGCAUCCCAGAGCUAGAGCGCCAAAUAGAAAAACUCAGCAAGCGGCAGCUCUUCUUUCGCAAAAAGCUGCUUCACUCAUCCCAAAUGCUUCGCGCAGUCUCCUUGGGUCAGGACCGCUACAGACGUCGCUACUGGGUGUUGCCUUGUUUGGCUGGUAUUUUUGUGGAAGGAACAGAGGGAGGUUCAGUUCCCGACAAUGUGAUAAAGCAGGAUCCUGACUCCUUAAAAGCGGCAGCCCAUCCAGCACCUCACCCCGCCGCCUCCUUGAAGAAGAAGGAAUUAGCUGGUUCCAGCACUUGUGCCACUUCUCCUGCCCGGGCACGAGGCCGACCUCGGAAAACUAAACCUGGGUCUCUGCAACCUAGGCACCUUAAAUCCCCUGCUAAGGAUCAGGGUUCAGAGCAGCCCCAGCCCCAGCCAGAGACUCAGCCCCACUCUCCGCUUCAGGCUUAUCCCCAGCCCCAGCCUCAGCCCCAGCUUCAAUCCCAGCCUCAGCCUCAGUCCCAGCCUCAGCUUCAAUCCCAGCCCCAGCUUCAAUCCCAGACCCAGUCCCAGUCUCAGCUUCAAUCCCAGACCCAGUCCCAGUCCCAGACCCAGCCCCAGCCUCAGCCUCAGACCCAGCCCCAGCCCCAGCCCCAGCUUCAGCCCCAAGGGUUCUUGGAACUAGAAGGUUCCCCUUUGUCUCUGGGUCAGAGCCAGCAUGACCUCAGCCAGUCAGCCUUCUUGUCUUGGCUGAGCCAGACUCAGAACCACGGUUCCCUGUUGAGCAGCUCAGUCCUCACACCUGAUAGUAGCCCCGGAAAACUGGACCCAAUCCCAUCACAGCCACUGGAGGAGCCAGAGCCUGAUGAGACAGAGUCCAGCCCUGAUGCUCCAGCGUCCUGGUUCAGCUUCUCAGCCCACACGCCCUGCAAUGCUGCCCCCACACCGCCUCCUGCAGUUUCAGAGGACCAGACUACUCCUUCUCCUCAGCUGUCAGCCUCUUCCAAGCCACUGUCUUCUACUCCCUUGUCUGGGGUGGCCACAAAGAGGCGAGCAGGAGAGCCUGGAGAAACACUGCAGAGUUCCACCGGAAUGGGACAGCCAAAACGGAGAGGGAGACCCCCUAGCAAGUUCUUCAAACAGAUGGAGCAGCGUUACCUAACCCAACUGACUGCCCAGCCUGUCCCCCCUGAGAUGCGCUCGGGCUGGUGGUGGAUCCGAGAUCCUGAGACGUUGGAGGCCAUGCUCAAGGCCCUGCACCCCCGAGGCAUUCGGGAGAAGGCACUUCACAAACACCUAAACAAGCACAGGGACUUCUUACAGGAAGUCUGCCUACGCCCCUCCACUGACCCCAUCUUUGAGCCCAGUCAACUACGUGUCUUUCAAGAAGGGAUUAUGAGCUGGUCCCCCAAAGAGAAGACUUACGAGACAGAUCUGGCUGUGCUGCAGUGGGUUGAGGAACUGGAACAGCGGGUUAUCCAGUCUGACCUACAGAUUCGGGGUUGGACAUGCCCUAGCCCAGACUCUACUCGUGAAGAUUUGUCCUACUGUGAGCAUCUGUCCGACUCGCAAGAGGAUCUCACCUGGCGAGGUCGAGGCCGAGAAGGUCUGGCACCCCAGCGGAAAGCCACAAACCCUCUAGACUUGGCUGUGAUGAGGUUGGCUGCUCUAGAGCAGAACGUGGAGCGGCGAUACCUGCGGGAGCCCCUGUGGCCUGCACACGAGGUGGUGUUGGAGAAGGCCCUGCUCAGCGCGCCCAAUAGCGCCCCCCAGUGCACCACCUCAGAAAUAUCAUAUGAGAUUACCCCUCGGAUUCGGGCCUGGCGCCAGACCCUGGAGCGGUGCAGGAGUGCAGCCCAGGUGUGCCUGUGCCUGAGCCAGCUGGAGAGAUCCAUUGCCUGGGAGAAGUCCGUCAACAAAGUGACCUGUCUAGUCUGCCGGAAGGGUGACAAUGACGAGUUUCUUCUGCUUUGUGAUGGAUGUGACCGUGGCUGCCAUAUUUACUGCCAUCGACCCAAGAUGGAGGUGGUCCCAGAAGGAGAUUGGUUCUGUGCUGUCUGUUUGGCCCAGCAUGUAGAGGGAGAAUUCAUCCAGAAACCUGGUUUCCCAAAGCGAGGCCAGAAGCGGAAAAGCAGCUACAUGCUGAGCUUCCCAGAGGGCGAUGGCCGCCGACGCCGAGUACUAUCAAGGGGCCGAGAAAGCCCAGCAGUGCCUCGGUACUCAGAGGAAGGGCUCUCCCCCUCCAAGCGGCGGCGACUUUCCAUGCGAAACCACCACAGUGAUCUCACAUUCUGCGAGAUCAUCUUGAUGGAGAUGGAGUCCCACGAUGCGGCCUGGCCUUUCCUGGAGCCUGUUAACCCACGGUUGGUGAGCGGCUACCGGCGGAUCAUCAAGAACCCCAUGGAUUUUUCCACCAUGCGAGAGAGGCUGCUCCGGGGAGGGUACACGACUUCAGAGGAGUUUGCAGCAGAUGCGCUCUUGGUCUUUGACAACUGCCAGACCUUCAAUGAAGACGAUUCUGAAGUGGGCAAGGCUGGGCACAUCAUGCGCCGCUUCUUUGAGAGCCGCUGGGAGGAAUUUUAUCAGGGAAAACAGGCCAAUCUGUGAGGCGAGGGAGAUGGGGGAGUCCCUUGUGGCAUUUCCCCCCCCACCCCGAAACGAAACAACCUGCCAUUCUCACCCUGCUGAUGCUGCCCUGGGUCCAAACUCAAGUCAGAGAUAGAACCCGCGGCAGCGCCCUCCAUCUUACCCCUCUAUCCCUUCUCCCUUUCCUCCUCUGGCCCCUCAAAUAAGAGGGGCAGAGAUGAGGUCCUUCUGGACUGAAAGCCAAAAAAAAGAAAGAAAAAAUAAUUUUUCCUUUCUGUUUUUAUUUUCUAAUUAAAAAAUGAGGAGGAAAGAGGUCCCUACUUCCUCCUCCCAGCUCCCUCUCCUUCCCUGUACGCGCCCCGGCAGCCUGGGGCUAUUUAACAAUAGCAAUAGUUCUAGUGAAUGUGUGAAACCGAGAAACACUCUGUACUGUGUGUGGACCCGCAGUGACGGCCAGUAAAGUGGACUUAACUCCCAAGUGUGUCGAGCCGGACACCGGGCCCUGAACAUGCUGCUUCCAUGUUCAGUUCCUCCCUGCUUCUCACUUUCUUUCCAUUUUUCUUCACACCCCCUCUUUGUUCAGAUUUUCUCUCAUCCAAUAAUGUAAAACUAUCGUGUACGGGUUUCUCCAUACUUUUUUUUUUCUUUGUCCGAAUCAUUUUUCCCUUCGGGGGAAAAAGUGUUCAGAGGUCCCUGUCUUUGUCUUUGUCCUCAUCUUCCAAUAGCUAUGCCCUGUAUAAUGUUCGAUACUCCUCACGUGCUGAGUUUCUAGCCUUUUCUGAAACUCAGCAGCUGGGGGGGACAGGGCAGGGCAGGCACCCAGGGCCUGCCAGCCUCCUUCCCCAUCUCUUACCCGAACUUCCCUCUUGGGAACUCCUCAGGGACAACUACUGCUGAGUUUGGGCAACCCCCAAGAUGGAGACCAGGUAGCAAUCGACUGGCCUCAGAGAGAGAGGCGUGUGUGUUAUGUGGCAUUGUGUUGUGUGGGGUGUGUGUGUGUGUGUGUGUGUGUGUAUGUAUGUUUGUUUGUAUGUGUGUGUGUAUGUGUGUGUGUGA